AAAAAACACUAGGUGAUUUUUGUCCCAUCUGCUUAAGUCUUGGUGGACACAACUACCAUGUACCUGCGCUGGUGGGAGGUAGCAGAUACCCAGUGGAAUAAUCAAGGUGCCUAUACACCACCGACAUAAAAAAAUAAAAAAAUAAUCAGAACUAGAGUGGCCCUUUUAGUCAUGUUUAAAGACGAGUUUCUAGUAAUUUCUUUGGUAAAAUUUUGUGAGUUUCGUUCAAGCACCAAAUUUAUGAUCCUCACCUUCUGAAUCGGGAGAAUCAUGUUUAUAGACAAAGACCAUAUUAAUUUGCUAUGAAUGUGGUAAAUCUGCGAUGUUCCACUUAUUACGUUUAACUUGGGAAAAAGUAGUUGUUUUACUUAAACUAUGGAAGGAGGAGUAGGACCUCUAAAUUCUAAUAUCAUUAUUGUGGCAAAACAUCUGCGUCAUUAUCAAUCAUGAAGUACCUGGAAUACACCCCUCUUGAUCGGAUAAAUGACUUUCUGAGUCAUGUGAAUCUUGGAGAGCGAACCAUUAAAGGAUGUCUCGAAGCAUACUCUUGUAAACAUACUGGAACAGAUAAGAAACUUUCGCUUAGUUUGGAGAAUGAGAUUUUUGAUUAUCUUGGAAGAUCUUCGGACACCGAUUCUUCUUCACCUGUUGAAUAUCUAAGCUGCAGAUCGAGUCGGAAAACAUUGAUAUAUCUACUCCUUACUCUCUAUCACAUGUAUCCAGAUUAUGACUUCAGUGCAGUGAAAGCUCACCAGUUUUUCACUGAAGAGAGCUGGGACAGUUUUAAGCAGAUAUUUGACAUCUACAUGUUUGAGGCUUCAAAGGAGUGGCUUGAAGCAAAUGAAGGCAGUCCUCUGCUUGAAACUCUGUACAAGGCUUUAGACGAGGUUGUGAAAGUUGCUGAAUGUGAGAUCUACACUUACAAUCCAGAGGCAGAUGCAGAUCCAUUUCUUGAGAGAGGAGCCAUAUGGUCCUACCACUUCUUCUUCUACAAUAGAAAGUUGAAACGUGUUGUGAGUUUCCGCUUCAGCUGUGUGAGUAACUUGGUUGGUGAAGGAUUUUUUUUAGACGGCUCAAGUUUUGAGGAUGACGGAGAGAUAUUCGAUGGCAUGGACAUGUGAAUACAACAUUUUGUUCAUGGCACGUUGUUGAUGUCGUAUAGGCUUAAACCUUGUAUGAAAAUCAGUUUGUACAAUUGACAGUAGGUACUGAAACUGUAUCGUAAAUAAGCAUCAUCCUUGUCUAGUUCGGAGGUUGAGGUAGCAAUUCUCGCUGCUUCCUGAUUUGGCUUGUAAUUUCUGUUUGUAUGUCAUUAAGAUUUGUAAAGUUGUGCGCGGCAAUAAUGUUGCUUCCUCGUCUGGUCUGCUUGCAGUUCUUUUUUGUUAUUAUGAAUUCAAUUCUCUUUCUA